AUGUACUGUCAGAACUACGUAUUUUCUCUGUUUCGGCUCAUGGAAAAACCACCUCUCAGCAGCUCUUCGUUGGGAUUUCCAAUAGGCGUAAUACAAAUUCCGGUGUCAUUGUCCGGUCUUACUGAAGUGGAUGUUAAUGGUUUGCCCAGAUUACCCGUGUCAGUGACAUGCUAUGCAAGGUUUCGUCGGCUAUUACAUAUCAAACAUCAUAACUUGUGUCAGUAUCUCGAUGUUGUCAGAGAGAAGGGAGAAAUACUAUCAGUUGUCUGUGAGUACUACAGCACAAGUUUUUCUAACUUCAGUGGUCCCGUCACUGACGUUAAUUGGUUAUCACAACGCUUUAGUGAAUGUUUAUCUGCCUUAUCUUUUAUGAGUGACAAUGGUUUAGUGCACUGUUGUUUGACUCCUGAUAUGAUUAUGCUUGAUUCUGGUGGACGUGUAAAAAUUGGAGGCUACGGAAUUUAUUAUGCUACAGAUUGGGGAAAUCUAGCUGAUUUUACCUUCCCCAGUCUCAUGUAUUCUGCUCCUGAGGUAUUUUUAUUUUUAUACAAUCAAGCCAAUAAUUCAUGUCAACCAGAACGUUCAACAAAAUCUGAUAUGUGCUGGACAAAUAUAAAAGCAGACGUAUGGUCUUUAGGCGUCAUAUUUUUUGAGACAAUAUUUGGUAGGGAAUUCACUAAUCCAUUACUUAAACUUCGGAGUGAAAAUAUGAAAGAAGCUGAAAUAAUUUCCUUGUAUCUAAGGGGUCUUUGUCAGGCGAAUGAAUAUCCAACAUUACCUGAAUUUUUACAACUUCAUCUGAAUGUUAUAUCUGCUGACCUGGACAUCUUGGUUCAGCUUAUUCAAUGUUGCUUAAAGUUCGAUGCAGUAAAGCGACCUAAUCCUAAAUGUCUUAUGAAGGAGAUCAACGAAUUACUGAAAACUGAUUCUUACAUAUCUUCCGAUAUAAGUGGUGACAAAUAUUCAACUUCCUGGUGUAGGAAAAUAUAUAAUCAACCCAAGAAACGUGAAUUUCAUCCUCAAUUAUUCAGUUUGGAGGAUAACAAAAAUAAUAUUUUAAAAGCUUAUAAUUUUAUUAACAGUAUUGAAAAUUUAUCAGAACUUUAUUACUAUUGGAUGUUAACCGGUGGUAAAAUUCAUGCUACAUUAAAAGGUCAUACAGAUUCAAAAAGUAUUAUUGAUAAUUAUCAUCAUAACAGUUUCAAGCAAGAAUCAAUAAAAGAAAAAGAAACAUUAAUUGGCGCGAAUUCUCAAUGUUUAUUACCUCCAGUCUUGAGAAUUCCACAUUAUCUUGCUUUAGUACAAUCAAAUGCUACACGUGCAAUAGCUUCAAAAGAACAAUGGCCGCUAGGUGAAAUUCCGCAGCCACGUACAUUUCAGUUCCAAAUUACACCACUUUCCAAUGAAUGUUUUAUUGAACGUAUAUCGCAUACAUCUCUUCAUCAUUUAUAUCCCCUAUUUAUUUAUCAAGAUUUAAAAAUUAGUUCCACAGGAAAUUCAAAUGUUUAUUCUGCCUUGUACUCAGUUAAUAAUAAUAGUACUAAUCAUAUUAAUACUUCAUCUAACAGUUUAAUACCAAAUGAAUAUACACGUAUGAUUCUUAAUUCACCCUUGUUUGAAGUGACUGAGAAACUCUCAGAUUUCUUAGAUUCAUUAUGCAAAAAUGAUUUAACCUGUAUUACCGGUGUUGAUUGGAGUAUGUCAUUUACAAAUAAUCAGUAUGAAUCAAUAUCACAACAACCAUUAUCAGUUAGAGAAACUGAUGUAGAUUAUCAAAUUUAUCGCACACGUUUAUUUACGCGAAUAAUCAAUGGACUACCCGCAACUAAACAAUAUCUUCGUUUAGAAGCACGUAAAGAUAUACCACCAUUUUUACGUUGGAAGGUUUGGGCUGCUUUACUCGACGUUUAUCCCAAUCGGGAUUUCGAAUCAGCUUACCUGAAGGCAUUGCAUAGAAUCAACAAGUUUGGCUUGGACGUAACACCUAUAAAUGAAUUAAAUAAUAAUAAUAAUAAUAAUAAUAAUAAUAAUAAUAAUAACCUUAGUUGUGAUCUCUUAGAUGAAAAAGUCAUUAAUCAAAUAUCAGUUGAUUUACCACGUUGUCAUGCUUAUGAUCCAUUGUUGGCAUCAUCUAUUGGGCAAUCUGUACUUCGUCGUGUUCUACUAGCGACUUUAUUAAUGAAACCUGGUGCAUUGGAUUAUACUCAGGGUAUGGAUUCUGUAGCUGCUGUAUUUGUGCGUAUAUGUUAUCCAGAUGAAGCAUUGGCUGCUGCUUGUUUAAAUGCUUUUUUGUCAACAAAGCUACCGGGAUUUUUCUCUUCUGGUGGUCUUACUGUUGGUUUAAAAUCGUAUUUCAAUACACUUCUACGGUUGUUAGCAUUUCAUGUACCUCGACUAGCUAUUCGAUUGGUUGAUAUUAAUGUGCCUUUGAUUGGAUUGACUACCGGUUGGAUUUAUACGUUAUUUGCUCAUGCUAUGCCAUUGGAUCGUAUAGAAUUACUAUGGGAUACAAUAAUUCCUGGUCCAGCUUCAUUGUCAAUGUUUUUCUACAUUGCAUUUUUUAUUCAGUUAGACAGACAAAUCAAUCUUGAGUUGUUAGGACUAGAAAAGAUUUGUACAAUUUUGUCGAAUUUUCCCGAUAUUAAUUUGGAUAAAUGUAGAACAGAUGCUUUGAAAUUGGCAUUGGCUACACCUCGAAGUUUAACAGCUUGGUCGAUUCCCAAUAGACAGUAUUUAAAUAAAAAAUUUAUGGAAAAUGAAGAAUUAAAAGUUGAAAACCUGAAUUCCAAAGGAAACGAAUCGUCAACUUCUGAUUUCUAUGAACGUUUAAAAUCACAGAAUGCAUGGCCAGAUCAUUUAGAAUAUGAUUUUACAGAAUCAUUAGAAUAUUCUGAUAUCGAUGUUGCAUCAAAUGUUUGUGAAAAACUAAAUAUAUCGUCAAAUGCUUUUAAAUUAGUCCCAUUACUCAGUUUUAAAGAUGCUGUGGUGCAUGUGAAACGUCCAGAUUGUCUAGUUUUAGAUGUACGUAAUAUCAAAGAAUAUAAUAGAUUUCAUUUGCCUAACAGUAUUCAUUGUGGGAUUUCCAGAUCUGUAAUGCGAGAUUCUUCAUCAACAGGAAUUGAAGAAAGCAGCGAUAUAUCUUCAACUACCACUAGCUCUUACAGUACUUUCUCUCCAGAAAACUGGGAGGUGAUUGACUAUCCAAGUGGUAAUCGUAAUCGACCACAAAUCAUACCAGAGUUUUUAGCCUUUCUUAUAAACCAAAAACUAUGGCAUCAAACAACACAAGCUAGACAGUUAUUAAAUAUUAAAUCAAGUCAUGGAGUCACUAAGGAAUCGGUCAACACAGUAACACCAUGUUCACCUGGGCUCUUAAUUCUCCAAGCAAUUUCUGGAACCGUCAUAGUCUCGCUAAGAAUAAUGCUAAAUCACGUGGUUACCACUCCGGUGGAACGCAUUGGGGUCAGUUGUAGCUAUUCAAAGCAGUAAACUAUGUAUUUAAUAGAUAGAAUGUCACAGAUUUUUUUGUCAGAUUGACACUGGGACAUGAUCGGUUCCCAGAACCAGUAAGCAGGAACUGGUGUAAAAUUCUCAAAUUUCUUAUGGCGCAAAACUUUUAGAAUUCCAAGAGUUCAUAAAAUCCAAGAUUUGAACAGUGGCACACACCAAUCGAGAUUUCUAAAAUAACGUAAUUCGGUGGGAAUGGUUGUAUUGAUUUAAUGCAAAGGUAGGUGUUAAAUAUACACUGUCAGGUGCUUUGGAGGUUUAUAUGAAUGUAUGAAAAUCCCUUCUAAUGUGACAUGUUGCCUUUCGAAUUAUUUUCCUCUAUCCCUUCAGCUGUAUACUUCCCUGAUCUUUUAGUCCUAGAUGAGACAGCUACUAUUUUUCCAUCGUAACUUUUACUUUUCCUUCGUCUAGCGAAUUCCUAUGGUUCUCACGAACUACAUCAACAUUGUUUUACGUGGCUCUGAUGGCUACCAUGUUGACUCAUUUCCCUUGCAUUUUUAUCUUAAAUUAAAGCACAUUUUCGUAAGCGCUCAUUGUCGUAAAAAUCUUAAAUAUUACCUUUUGAAUUAGGUCCACUUGAUCUAUCCAGAAGGGGUAAUUUUAUAUUAUUAAGAACAUUUGCUUUUUCGAACUGACUUGAUUGAAUUUGUUGAAUAACUGUGGUAAUUUCUUUAGAACCGUUCCUUACUGUUGGUACGGCUCUCAGAAGGUGCGACUAAGCCCGAUACAAUUCUUCAGAACAUCGACAUGGCAUGUGUGGUAAAAUAGUUACGUCAACUUCCUGUUUUUGUAUUGUCUGGAUUAUAACGAUGUUACUGCACAUAACAAGCUUUAAAGACAGAUGUUGUUCUGUACAUUUUGACACUUCAGUAAACGCUUUUUUGGGACUCAGGGGUACUAGACGCUCCAUUGUCGCGGUCAUAUCUGAAUCAACCAUAAUCAAAUUACAGAAUAAACACUUGCAUGUCUACUUUGUUUGACUUUUAACUGGUAACCGCACGAGUAUCCGAACGAAAUUUCAUAUUUACUACAAAUUUCAAUCCGACUCGUUUUAAAAUUUAUUUGCAUGGUCCAUAGCUGUUAUCGUAUGGUCGAUUUGUAUUCACGGAGCCGCAUACAGUCGAAUUACAACUUAUCUAUCUCAUAAUAUGUCAGGUGUCGGAGAGUGAAUGUGUUCUUAUCAAAACGCAACCUGCUACAAUCUCGUGACUGAAUAAUUCUAUCCACUCAGAAGUGGACAGUCACCGGUGCCUAGUUGUAUCAAGCUUGUGAGAAAUAUCAUCAAUGACAAGCGAUGUCAGCUCAGCGGUCUAAAUUUUUCGCGCUUGUCGUGAGACUUGAUGUUACUUCAAAUUGAAAAACCAAUAAAUUAAGUAGACCUGGACCAGAAGGGAUAUAGUGAAGCACCCAGUUGAGUUCAUCUGAAAAGUUGUUUAUAUGCUGCAGAUUCUACUAAGUAACAUGAAAAGCCAUACAAAACGUGUGCGAGUUUUAUUAGGCCACACGACGCCAGGAUCAAGCACAAAGGCAAGUUCGAACUGACCAUUCCACUUAUGGACUGUCUUGAUCAUAAAAAACCUAAAUGACGGACUAUCAACUCGGAAAACCUUGUAUAAGUAGCUUACCUGUCCACUCACAUCAGGCUCAUAUAGAGAAGCUCAUGCGUUAAAAAUUGAAAGCAUAAAGCUUAUACAUGAACGCCACGAGUUUACCAAAUAAAAUGGGUGAGUUAUGUGACGCUCAUCUGAUAGGAAUAUCUGAAACUUGGAUAUCUUCUCAGUUUACGGCACUGUUGGGCAGAAUACGAACGAUCUGAUAACAACGGGGCAUACAGGCAAUACAAACGUAUAAGGAACACGUGCACAAAGGCAAUAAGAGAAGACAGACUUCAGUACCAGAUAAAGCUUAUAGAUGAGUUUGUCCAAUCAUUUCUUCGACAAGCCAAAACUGUAGUUUCCCAACUAUUAUGUCAUAAUGGCUUGACAAAUAACGACGGUGACGCCUCCUACCUUUUGGCUGGACAAUACUCUUGGAAAUUUCAACCGACACACGUCAACUAUACUGAUGAUAGCUUUAUUUGCAACUGCACAGGAUUUUCCGUAGUGAACCUGAGCGCUGACUUGGUGUUCCGGAAACUGCAGCACUUAAGACUAGAUACUUCUCCUAGCCCGGAUAUGGUUCAUCCUGCCAUACUGAGGGAGGCGGCCUCAAUCCUGGCAACGCAGCUUAGCAUGAUGUUCUCACACUCGCUAAGUCGAGGAAAACUACCGGAAAAUUGGUAGCUGGCUCACAUCACACGAAUUUUCAAAGGAGGUCGACGCAAUGAACCUUUAAGUUACCGACCGGUGGCUCUUCUCCCUAUACCUUCAAAACUCAUGGAGUCUCUGAUAUGCGAUGGUAUGCACGACUAUUUACUGUCCUUAAACUUCUUAUCACCCAAACAGCAUGGUUUCAGGAAGGGUUACUCUUGUAUUACCAACCUGUUGACUGCGGCGGACAGAUGGACAAGCAUCCUCGAUCUCAAGAGGAAGGUUGAUAUCAUCUACCUAGAUUUCUCAAAAGCUUUUGAUAAGGUUAACCAUACAUGUCUUAUCAAUAAGCUCAAACGAUUGGGUAUCAAACCACCUCUAAUCGAUUGGCUCACUUCAUGCCUGAAAAAUAGACAUUUUAAGGUCAGUUUUAAUUUCACUUUAUCUCAGGCUAUGGAAUGUCCUAGUGGGGUCCCCCAGGGCUCAGUACUAGGACCUUUUCUCUUCUUGAUCUACAUAAAUGAUCUUCCUCAACAGGUAACGUCAGACUUAUUACUUUUUGCCGACGACGUGAAACUUUGGAGAGAGAUACGCAACCAAGACGAUAUACAGACACUUCAGGAGGAUCUGACUUGACUUCAAAGUUGGGCAGAUGACAACGGACUUACCUUUAACACUUCAAACUAUAACGUGGUUCAUCUGAGACAUGUUGCAGACUACAGUUACAACUUAGGUAACUCCUCUCUAGUAGUAUCCCAAGUCGAAAAAGAUUUAGGAGUCCUGGUGCGCUACGAUUUAAAGUCUUACGCUAACUGUGACAAUAAUGCCUUCCGAGCAAACCUUGCACUAGUAACAUUGAAGCGCAUUUUUGACCAGUUUGACCGGGUAACUUUCCAUUUAGAAUACGGAGACAUAGUAUUUCAUCCCUCAAUCCAAAACGAUAAGGACACUGUAACGUAUCCAACGGCGAGCCGCGAAAUCAGUUCGGGGACUCAAAUCCAUGCCUUAUGAAUAGCGCUUCUAAUCACUCAUCAGAGCAUGGGCGUCUUAGAGAUGACCUUUUAAUUGCUUACAGUAUCCUUAGCACUUCUGGACAUUCCCUUAAAUACCUACUUAGGUUUAGCUGCAAUACAAAACUAAGGGGGAACAUCCAGAAACUAGAGACACAACACAGCAGAACGGACUGUAAGCAGAACUUCUACUCCUUAAGAGUUGUCAAAUGCUGGAAUUCACUGUCGACUGAACUAGUCCAAGCCACUUCCCAGGAGUCCUUUAAGAGAAUUCUUGACCUAUUCUUAAGGACUAAGGAUAACAUCGUAUUAUGAUUUAUCAAGUUGUUUCUUUUUCACCUCUUAUCGUUAAUAUACCUAGGUUCCUGCCUGGAAGUACAGGUGAUCCACUGCUACUGGACACGGAAGUCCGUUAAGCGAAAGCUUCUAUUACGUCCACAACCGUUUGAACCAUUUGAAAUCGAUAAACAUGAUUGAAAAUGAAACAGCCAAUAGCUGAAUGACACAUUCUCCAACAGGUGCGGUCAUUGUCAUAAUAUCUUGCAUUUAAGAUAAGGUGAUAAGAAGUAAGACGGUUCCUAUUAUCUCAGGAGCAACAUUCUACCGAAAGGCAUAAAAAUAUCCCUCAAGUAAUAGUUGCGAAUCGAGAAGCCAACUGUACGGAAACAACAAACCUUCAAUAAAAUCACCUGGAGCAAGUCGAUCAGUCAGAUACCCAAUACGGUUGUCCUAGAAUCCUAAAUGUUAGGUAAGACACGCGUGGAACGGUAGUCGAACCCAAAAAAUUGAAUUGACUACAUUUUAAAAACUAUAGACAAUAAAGUAAUUUUGAUCUCAAAUAUUCUAGAGGAAAAACCGAAUAUGCGUAGAUACAUUCAGCAACAGAAUAAACUAUAGAUGUGGGGAGAGAAUAAGUUGAUGACCAUAGGGGAAGACAAACAUAAACGAAUUCUCUAAUAUAUUCUUAUAGACCUAUGGGAAUAUUAUCUUUGGGCCCUGAGUUCGGUGCGCACCGUUGAAGAGACGAAAUAUUUAUCCAGUGCUCCCUAGUUCCAUCCGUCACAAAAAAUAUGAGACCUGUAGUUUUUGUGAGAUUGUCAUUGAGGCCAAGCUAAAUUAUUUAGCAGGCAGAUCACUGAAUGUCAAAAGUUUUGCGGGCCCCGUCAAUAUCAAGGACUACCAAUGUGAAGUAAUUGGACACCACGGAAAGGACAGUGACUACACUCUAUAUUUAUUUGAUCUGACAAUAUUAAUACAUUUACUUAGCAAUGCCAUGCUUGCGCUAUAGAGUCGUCUCAAUAACCAAUGUACAUGGAUACCACAAUAAGGUAACCGACGUUAUGCAUUAAAUGUGAGGUGUAACGUGGACGUUAACCAGAAAAUCACUAUUUUUAAGUAGACUUCAUUCAUCGAAACAAAUCAUUUAUAUUGACGAUUUUCAAAUCCUUAAACCACAUAGAGUCCGGUCAAUCGAUGGUGGCAAUCUGUGUUUCUAGAAAGUGUGAUGUAUUGCGCAAAACUUUUGUUUAUGCUUAUCAAACGCAGGAUACUCUAAAGCGAAAGAGUACUAGAUCUUAUGUGAGCUCAGACAAUCUCGAGGAAAGCAAGUGAUAUAGAGGGGAAACUCAGUUUCGUCGUCUACUUAACAUCAUUCACCUUCACUGAUAUGGAAAUCAUUGUUUCGGGCCCAAUAUUAUGAAAUGAAACGACGGAUACUUUAAAAUAUUUCCAUACAUAUUUGUAUUAAGGCUUUAAGAUACACCUCUUGUGAGUAUGGAAAACUUGUAGCGGUAUUAAUUACUAACCGCACAACCUUCGAAGUCGAGCACAUGAUUACUCAAAAGACUUAUAUUCAACACAACACAAAGAGGUCAGUAUGGGUACACCACAAAAAUUCAAUCUACUCAUUCGAAUGGCACGGCUCAGCCUUGCAGGCAUGGUCACUCCUAUGUAACUUAUCCCUUUUAUUCACAAUAAAUAUAUUCUUCUACAUCCAG